AACUCCAACUCCUCCUCCACCUCUCAUUUUAUAUCACCCCCCUCUCUCCCCCAUUUCUCUACUAAACUCACCAAACUCAAAAAAUAUGUUCACAGGAGCUGCCGCCGGUAAUACUCAUCACCAAAUCAUGCAAUGCCCUCAAAUGCCAUUGCCACCGAUUGAAAGGAGAUGUAAAAGUACACCUGAGAUUGCGCCUAAUUGUCCUCGUUGUGCCUCUUCGAAUACUAAGUUUUGCUACUACAACAACUACAGCUUGUCGCAGCCGAGGUAUUUCUGCAAAGGCUGUAGACGGUACUGGACAAAAGGGGGUUCCCUCAGAAAUGUGCCUGUGGGCGGUGGCUGCCGCAAGAAUCGUCGAGCCAAGUCCGCUUCCAGACUCAGUGAACGCGUUUCUACGAAUUAUAGUAAGAGUUUCAGUGGCUUUGAUGAUAACACGAACGAGCAAAUUAAGGGUUGUUCUUCUGAUGGGGAUUCCGCUGGACAAGCCAGUGGGGCUGAUAUUGACAUGGCCGCCGUUUUCGCUAAGUUUCUGAACGACCGUUCGAGCAAUUCAGAUAAUUUUCCUGAAGAGUUCGUUUCUCAGGAAUUUGACAAUGUCUCCAAUUCUUUCGCUCCGGAUAGUAUCCAAAACGAUCCGAUUCUCGAAGAAUUCAAUGGAAUUCUGGUAGGAGAGAAGCAACAGCAAUGUCAAAAUUUCCUGGAAAUGAGUGACGUGAAUAAUGCUAAUGCUGCACUCGAAUUGCAAACUUUGUUGGAUGAUGAAGUUGUUCAGGAUUUUUCAUGGCAAUCUGUGUUCCAGUUGCAAGAAUUCGAUUCAUUUGCGGCCAACCACGAUCAGUUAUUGGCUUCUUCAAAUCCAAUGAACGAUAAUUGGAGCAACUCCUUCGAUUUCCCAGCCGGGUUUGAAGUCUACUCAAGACCAUGAUUAUUGAUAUGUAAUUUACAAGUUAAUUUUUUUUUUCCUUCUUUUAAAACUUGGUAAAAGUUCUUCUUCAUGUGAAGAAAGCUUAAUUUAAUUUUGCAUACCAUGAGAAAGGUUCGUGGUAUAAACAUUAUAUUAUACUAGAAAUACAAUAAAUUCUCAUCAAUUAGUUAGUAAA